CAGUGGAGGUAGCACCUGUGUUUUCGAGCUCUAUGAUUUCUUGCUGAACUUUUGGAUAAUUACUAUUGUUGUGGUGUAAUAGUGCCAUGGUUUUUUUCCCUCUUGGAAGGAUUUGAAGUGCUGAUCCACCGGAUAUAAGUUUUAUGUGCCUUGUGCGAAAUUAGACCUAGUCUACCUGAUUUCUCACGUCGUCAUACCGGCCCCUGCGCUGCGUAAGUUGUGCGCUAACCUCCCUUUGACCCAGUAUUAGCAGUGUUGCUAUGUCUUUCCGGGGGAAAGCAAAGAAAAGUUUGUUCUCAUCACCCUUUUCUGCUAGCAAGGAGAACCCAAAGAAACUGAAACUAAAAACCGCGACGCCGUCUCCCUCCUCAUCCUCGUCAUUUUCACCAGCUUCUGUGCAUGUUGCCAGUAUGCCCUCUACCUCUGCAUCAACGGUAAAAGCUGCAGGAAACUAUGGAAACUAUGGAGGCGGUCCUUCGUCAUUCCAGGAUGAGAUCCUUUCGAAAGUAAAUGAGGCAUUGUCAAUCUUCAAACCUGCGAGUGGUGAUGAAAGUGAUCAUAUUGGGAAAAUGAUUCCCAUCCUCGCGACAGCUCUAUCCGUUAUGGUAGGGGAGGUAAUAAAAGGCGUGACGGCCGAGCUCGACAAUCGCUUACACAGAGCCACCUCGUUACAGGCACAACAACAACCAGGGAGUGAAAGACUACUAGCUGCUGUACGUAAACUGACCUACGAAAACGAUAGGUUGCAGCAGUACAGUCGUCGUGAAUCAGUUAGAGUGUUUGGUAUUCCGCUGAAUGAGGGAGAGACGGCAGAACAAGUGGAGCAGAAAGCAAUCAAAGUACUCAAAGAUACUGGAGUAGACGUCUCUGCUACUGACAUUGCUGUGGUCCACCGCGCAGGAAAGGCAGCCAGGGGGACCCGACCUGUGCUGGUCAAGUUUGUCUCUAGGCGCAAAAGGAAUGAAGUGAUGGUAAAGAAAAAGAAUUUAAAAAGUAAACCCGGUUACGAGCGCACCUUCAUCAACGAUGACAUCACUCCUCUUCGCGCCAGGCUGCUCGGUUAUGUCAAGAGACUGGGCUACAUGGGGUGGACUAUAGACGGCAAAAUAAUGUGCACCAAGAAAUCUCCUCCUGGACUUUCCCCUGCAGAUCAUCCAAAACCAAUAGCGAUCGAGACCCCAGAUGACCUCUUCAAGCUUGGGGUGAAGGCUAUUGACUACGCCUCUCUUGGAUUGGAGUAUCUGUCCGAGUCACCGGCAGCGAGUAUCUUCCUUGAACCUGAAGAUGAAACCCUUACGACCGAUCAUCAGUGGCGUGUUGCAUAGCACGUAGCGAAUCGAGCGAAGCUAGCCUAGCGAAUCUAGCGGUUAGCGAAAGCUAGCGGUCCCUGUGCAACGCAGUGUAGCCGGAAGCCAGAGUUUCAAGAUGGCCGACUUAAGGCGAGGUUUGAGUGAAGUCUUUGUUUUGCAAGCUACACUCCGCCGUGCUGUAGCCAAGCCGUCGCAAAUAAAUAUCAAGCUUGCGGCCCACCUGUCCACUGAAAGUAAAUCAGGACAAUAAUGAAAAUUCCAAUGCCCACAUGAUCGGUUUCGUCGAAGUCAUCGUUCCAGGAUACUCAACAUGCCAGUUCAAAUCUCACUUCGAAUGUUGCCGGACGCCUUUGAUGCUCUCCAGGCUUGGAUUGAGCCUCAUCUGCCACAGCAACGUGGUUCAACAAUAGAACAAACCUGCUUGCCAUCUUGUGGUUACUGGCACCAAAAUCACCCUCCAGAAUAUAUUCACCUAUAUUUGCCAUACCACGUCUAUAGCAAAGCAUCCAUCAUCAGUGUCUGCUUUUCUCUUCCACCAACAUUUAUUAUUUCAUUAUAUAAUUUGAAUAUUUUGCAUAAAUAUAUCUUGCAUUUGUAUCAACACCCAUAAUUUCUUUCCCCAUGCAAAUUGAGUUCUACAUGUCUUUGUGUCACCAUCAUUAAUAAGUUGUCCACCAUGUGCAUAUAUUAUAUGAUAUGUGCAUUUAUAUUUAUGGUUGGUGCGAUUUUGCAGUUGUGCUUAUAUGUUGUCUACAUACUGAAGUUGACACAGCAGCAAAGUAUUGUCAUACACCAUAUGGCUGUGUAUUUUUUCAUCACUGUGUACAGUUCUCUCCCAGCAACCUUUAUUAUUUCCAUUGCAUAAUUUGAAUUUUUUAUACAUAUCUCUUGCAUUUGCAUCACCACUAUGAUUUGUUUUUAUU